ACACCAUGCGUUUUGGCGGGUCCGGUUAAACUGGAUGCGUUUUGACCGGAUGGCUUUGACCAUGUCACAUCUAUGCGUUUUUGUUCUUAAAAAUGUUCCCGCCGCUGCAUUCAAAGUUCCAAAUGUCACCGCUAGUCUUCAAAUUUGUAAUCAACAAUAUUUUGCUAUUGCAUCACAUUCAACGUCCCUACGCUCUUUGAUGGUAAACCUAUAUUACUUACUUGUUUUAUGCAGUGUUAUUUUAUUAUAUUACUCGUCAGUUAUAACUAUAUAAAUUAUAUAAUAAUUUAAGUGUGUCUAAAUUAUAAUAUUUUUGUGUACUUCUACUUGUGUAAUUUACUUUUUGAACACGUCAUAAGUAAGUAAAUUAAAAAAAUGAAUCGUAAAAAGAUUAAAGUUGUUGCUGUAGCUGAAGCAUUAGGCUUAUUAGAUCCACCGAAAGUACAAAGAAGGUAUUGGGUACACCCACUAAAUAUGGAUCGUGAGAAAAUUGGCCAGUUUAGGACAUUUUUUGAAAAUAUUAGACAAUAUCCUGACAAAUUCUUUGAGUAUUACCGUAUGUCUAUCUCCAGCUUUGAUGAAUUGCUAAAAACACUGCGGCCACAUAUAACAAAAAGUACAACAGAAUUUCGUAAUCCGAUAUCUGCUGAAGAACGUCUUACAAUUACUAUAAGAUAUUUAUCAACUGGUACAUGCUUCUCCGCAUUAAAAUUUGAUUUUUGUGUGGGAAGAAGUACGAUUGGAGUGAUUGUAAAGGACACAUGUAAAGUGAUAUGGUUAACAUUGAAUUCAAAAGAGAUGCCUAAACCGACCACUGAAGAUUGGGUGGAAAUAUCAAAUAUAUUUUAUACGAAAACUAAUUUUUCAAAUUGUCUAGGAGCAAUAGACGGAAAACAUAUAAGGUGUAAAAAUCCUAAUGACUCCGGUUCAUUAUAUUUUAAUUAUAAAAAGUAUUUCUCAAUCGUUUUUAUGGCAGUAGUGGACGCCAAUUUAAAUUUUGUUGUAAUCGAUGUGGGUUCAUAUGGUCGUGAAGGGGACUCUAAUGUGUUCAAGGAGUGCGCUUUUGGUAAACAAUUAUAUGAAGACAAAUUGAACAUACCAGAACCAGUUGUUUUACCAAAUACAAGUGCCAAUCCACAACCGUAUGUAUUUAUUGGAGAUGAAGCGUUUGCUUUACAUAAAAAUUUACUUAGGCCAUACCCUGGACGUAAACUUACUGAUUCCCGAAGAGUGUUCAACUAUCGAUUAUCCAGAGCAAGGCGCACAGUUGAAUGUGCAUUUGGAGUACUCGCGAAUAAAUGGCGUGUUUUACAUACGGCUAUCCAGGUCGAACCAGAUUUUACCGACGAUAUAAUAAAAGCGUGUUGCAUAUUGCAUAACUUCGUUCGUAAAAGAGAUGGCAUAAAUUAUGAAGAUUCUCAAACGCACAACUUUGAAGAUAUUGAGGCUCGUGGAACAGGAACUCGAUCGGACGGAGUUGAAGUAAGGGAUUACUUUGCGAACUACUUUAUGGGCCCAGGAGCAGUUGAUUUUCAAUAUGAUAUGAUUUAAAUUUUAAAAUAAAUAUGUUAGUUUAAGAAAAAAAUUAU